AAACACAUACAGAGCAACAAUAACUUCGGAGCCCCAAAAAACGUUCGGUUGGUCGCUCGCGAAAACUUCGUCGUGAAUUGUAAAUGGGAAAAAAGUAAAAAAAAAAAAGAAGCUCCAACGCGUUUGGGUUUUUUUUAUAGUGCAGCCCUACGCCAAAAAGGCAAGGAAUUAAAAAAAACGGCGCAGCCAGCACACCAACAACAACAUCAGCAUGUGCAAGUGCAAGGCAAACAUAAACAACGGUGCAGAGAAGUGACUAAAGAAGAGGAAGCAUCAACAUGCGUUCGUGUGUGUGUGUACAACGAAAAUAUUGUAUAAAUCAAAAUUAUAUAUGUUUUUUUUUUCAACCGAGGUGAUCACUCAAUCUUUUCCUCACCCCCUUUCGAAUUGUAUCGCUACGAAAAAAAAAUACAUCGUCUGAGCAGAAAAAAAAAACAACGCGCAAGCAACAAAAAAAAAAAAGUGAAAAAAAUUUAACAGAAAAAAAAAAACAGGAGCAGAAGCUUAAUGCUUUAACCGGUAAAGUUUACCGUCCCCUGCCCCCUCUCCUCUGGAGCCACAACAACAAUAAUCAACACUGGAGAGAGCCAAAAAAAAAAAAGAAGAAAAAAAAAACAAUAACAACUAAAACAAAAACAUCUUUGGGGAGAAAGAGCGGUGCAACGCACGUUGUCCUGCCUGGCUGCCUCCUGUUACUCCUGUCUCUUCCUGGUCCACCGCCUCUUGCAACUCUGCAACUACUUCUUCCACCUCCCGGGCCACCAUGGACACCAUCUGUAGAUUGUGCUUCCAAACGGCAACGCUAUUCCAGGUGCCCGGCUAUAGCAUACCCACAUGCGUUCGCUGCUCAGAACAGUUAACAAAUAAUUCCAACUUUCAUCAAUCGGUGGCAGCCACCGCUGGUGGGGGUGGUGCUGGCGGUGGUGGCGGCGGCGGCGCGGGCGGUGGCGUCGUUGGUGGUGGCGGCUCUGCUGCAGCGGCAUCGGCUGCAGCGGCUGUUGCUGCCGCCUCUGCCUCCGCCUCAGCCGCCGCUGCUGCUGCUGCUGCCGCUGCUGCAGCCGCUGCGGCAUCCUCGUCCACGGCCUCCUCCAGCGAUAGUGACGCCCAUGCGGUGGCCCAGCAACUGACCAACGGUAGUAAUGCCGCCGCCGCCGCCGCUGUCCUCCAACUGCAGCAGCAACAUCAGCAGCACCAGCAGCAGCAGCAGCAGCAACAACAACAGCAACAACAACAGCAACAACAAAUGCAAUCAUCCAGCUCUUCCGAGAAUCUGCAGUCACAGGACGACUCCGAAGAUGUGGAUCUGAUAUUCAACGAGGAGGGCUCCUGCCCACUAUGCAACAAAACGUUCUCGCGCAAAUCCUCGCUCAUGACGCACAUACGAAAUCACUCGGCGGAGCGUAAGUUUGUGUGCACCUACUGCCACAAAGGCUUUACGCAGGCGGCCAACUUGAGGAAUCACGAACGGAUCCACACCAACGACCGGCCCUACCAGUGCGUGGAUUGUGGCAAGACCUUCACACAGAUCACCAACCUGAACAACCACCGACGCCUCCACACCGGCGAGCGUCCCUUUGUGUGCAAUGAGCCGGAAUGUGGUCGCAGUUUCGCCCAGGUGACGAAUCUGAACAAUCACAUGAAGUCACACCAUAAGGUGCAGCAAUAUUGUUGCAACGUUUGCAACAAGAAAUUCACGCAGGUGACAUCGCUGAAUCAGCACCUGCAGGCGCAUGCCGGCGUUACUGGAUACUACUGCCCCCGUUGCCCGGACAAGAACUUCAAGCUGCAGUCCCAGCUGCAUACGCACAUGAAGACCCACGGUCUGGCGUUCCCCUAUGAGUGCGGCAAGUGUGACGAGAAGUUCCUGCAGCAGGCGCAUCUGGACCAGCACCUCAAGAUGCACGACGAGUUCAAGUACAAGUGCGACAUCUGUCCCAGUAGCUUCAAUCAGGAGUCGCUGCUGAAGAAGCACGUCCAGCGGCAUGUCGAGGGUCGGUACUUGUCCUGCCCGGUGGCCAAUUGCACCGAAUCGUUCGCCGUGCGCCAGCACCUGUCCAAGCACCUGCUCACCAGCCACUCGCAUCACGAACUGCCGCCGCCGAAGCGCUCCAAGAAGACUGUCACCCUGCAGGCGCCCCAACAGCCCCUGGCGAUGAUCGGUCAGCCCUUGUCCCUCCAGCACACGACGGGGCAGCGAGGACGUCCACCCAAAAAUAAGAACAAGGCGGCACUGGCCCCCACGGCCAUUAAAAUCGAAAUCAACGAGCCGCUCCACAGCCAGCAUAUCAUCAGUAACGCCAGUGGCCUAUCCAUCCAGCAGCAGAUUAGCCAGCAUAUCCAGCAUCAAGCGCAACAGCAGCAGCAGCAACAACAACAACAACAGCAGCAACAACAACAGGCGGCGCAACAGCAACAACAUCUUCACCUGCCGAUGGGGCAGGCGGUGAAGGCGCGUUUCAUACCCACUAAGUAGUAGGAUAGAUGGAUGGAAGGAAAGGUCUCUCUUAGCUUAAGAUCCGAUCAAUCAGCUGCUAAAAUCAAUCCCUAGCCAUAGCCAGAAGUAGAAUCAUAAUAGUCUACAGCAUAAAUACAGGAUCCCCCCCUUUGCAGACUCCAAAAAUCCCAUAAUAAAACCUUAAGAGUCGGCGGCAAGCUGCUGGUUCGGUUUGGUGUCAAGUCUUUAAUCUAUAUAGCCCCCCUCUACCCCCCCUUCCAACCAAAGCAAUAGUCACACCAAAUGCCACAUUUUAAUACCCAGCACCAGAUGA